AUCUAAAGCCUUGAAGACAUACCACCGAAACCAUGGCUAGGCUGUCAGCUUUCCAAUUCACAAUUUUCUCCCUCCUCUCUUCCUUUGCCUUGAUCUUAGUUUCUGGAGAAAAUUUAGGGUUUCACAGCACCGUGGACCGUAAGCUUCUCGGGCUGCAGAAAGAAAAGCUCACCCACGUUCGCUUAUACUGGCAUGACAUUGUUGGUGGGUCCCAUCCCUCUGCCUUAGAGGUUGUCCCAGCACCCUCCAAUAAGUCCCAGACGAAUUUUGGGUUAGUGAGAAUGUUUGAUAAUGCACUAACUGAAGGUCCUGAGUUGAGCUCAAAAUUGGUGGCUAGGGCUCAAGGGUUUUACGGAUUUGCAGGGCAGGUGGAGCUCAGCCUGCUGAUGGCACAGAACUUUGCUUUUGUUGCAGGUGAGUUUAAUGGAAGCACCAUAACUUUGCUAGGAAGAAAUUCAAUUUUAAACAAGGUGAGGGAGCUGCCUGUGAUUGGUGGAAGUGGGGCUUUCAGGUUUGCUAGGGGUUAUGCUGAAUUGAGAACUCACACUUUUAAUCUCACCUCAAGUGAUGCUAUUGUGGAGUAUAAUAUUUACGUGUUGCAUUAUUGAUCAUGGGUUUUGGAAUUUGAUUUGGCCAUUGCUUGGUUGUAAUUGAAUUGUGACAAGUUUAUAUAAGUAUUUCAAUAAAAUAAUUAAAUUUUCUUUGACCAACCUAAA